GAUUGAUAGUAUCGAUUCAAAAAACUGGAUGAAACAAAGCGAAUGGAUGGAUGAAUGGCGGCUCCGAAUUGAUUUUCUGCUGAUUUUUUUUUGAUUUUUUAUCCUUUCACGACUUAGUUAUCUAAUAGAGAUCGAUAACUCAGAUCGACUAACUUCAAACUAUUUAAGUUAAUUAAUUAAAAUCAACCUGAUUUAUUCGAUUUGUACUCACAAUCUACUUUAAAAAUGUACAAACGAAAACCCUCGCAUGUUUGGAAUUAUUUUGCUACCAUAGGCGAUAAAGCACAAUGUAAACUGUGUGGUAAACAAAUCAAGAAAUGCGGGAAUACUUCAAAUUUUCUUGCUCAUUUAAGAAACAUUCACAACCUUUUACCCCAGCAACUAGCCAGUACCGAACAGGCAGUUGUACCGCAACCGGACAUUUCUCAACCAACAUUGAUUUUACAACUUGAACAUCCCGAUUCCAUGAGUGAUCAACAAAUUAAGAAGAUGAAAACUGAUGAUGAUAAAUCGAAGCUGAUUAUAAAUUGGAUUGCGAGCUGGCUUGCAAAGGAUAUGCUUCCAGAAGAGAUUGUUAUUGGCGAAGGAUUUAAAAAGUUUUUAUCUGAAUUAGCCCCUCAUUUACCUUUUCCUUCACAGCCCAGUAUAGUCGAAAAACUACAAGCCAAAUAUCAAACAAGUUUAACUCAUAUUGCAGAAAAGAUUUCAAAAGUUGAAGAUUUAGCCUUAACUUUUGAUAUAUGGAAUAAUAACUUAACUCAACAUAGCCAUCUUACCCUAACGUGCCAUUUCAUCGAUGGAUCAUCGCAUGGUUCUAUCGUAAUAGGAAAUCGAGAAUUACCUAAUCCUACAAUAUCAACAGAUGAGCUUCGAUCUGCCGUUAUGGAUAUUUUAAAUAGAUGGGCCAUAACAUCUGAAAAAAUAACUUGUGCUGUUACUCAUGAUAUUACAGGCUUAAUGAGCUCUUUACAAGAUUUACUUGACGCUACCAAGUACCAAAAAUGUUUCGCACACACGCUCGACGCAAUGCUAAGGGAUUCAAUUAGAAGUAAUGGUGAGUUAUUAAUAUUACUUCGUAAGGUCCGAGAAACUUUACACUUUUUCGAUGAAAUAACUGCCGCUCAGGAAUCAAUUAUACGAGAUAAAGUUGUAGUGGUGAAAGUUUCUCCUUUAGAUGAUAAAUCAACCGAUGAAAGUGAUUGGAGUUGUCUUUAUUCACUACUGGACCGAUAUAUAACUCAAGCUUCUCUCAUAAGCAAUGUACUCAUGGGUUUUGAUGGUCCUUGUGUAAAUGAUACCGAAGCCAAAGUUGUAGAAGAAACUCUUUCUCUUCUCAAGCCUUUCCAUCAAAUCGCAGACGAAAUGAGCAGUGAAAAAUGGACACCAAUGAGUAAAAUCAUUCCAAUAGUUGGUGUGUUAGUUAAAGCAAUCAACUUGAUAUUACCUGAGAGUAAUUGUGCGAAAGAAUUUAAAAACUCUCUAUUGAAAAACAUAAGAACGCACUUCAAAGACAUCGAAGGAGAUCCUAUUGCCUCUAUAGCAACUCUACUUGAUCCAAGGUUUAAAAAUUUGGACUUUACAAAUGAUACACAAUCAGUAAAAGCAAUAAACAAGCUCAAUUCGAUGCUUACUUGUGACGAUGGAUCUAUAGAUGAUUCAGGAAAUCAAGGAGAUCAAAGAGACGAUGAUAUAUGGUGUCUGCGAAGAGUAAGUAGGAGUUCUCGUUGCAGUGAGCCAGAUAGCAACAAAAUAGCUGCAGAAUUGAGAAACUACCUUGACCACAGAACUUUUAAUAUCACAUCAGAUCCAAUUGAAAUUUGGGAGCAUCAUAAAACUCUUUUCCCUUCACUUCAUAAAAUAGCUAAAAAGUAUCUUUGCAUCCCUGCAUCCGCUAUUCCCGCUGAACGAUUAUUUACUGGAGUUGGUUCGUUGGUUACAAGAAAACGAUGUUUGAUUGAACCAAAUCAGAUGGAAAAUACAUUAAUGUUAGAAAGUUUGCCUGUCGAUGUUGUAUUCACUCUUUAAAUCAAUUAUAUAAGAAAUUCGACACUAGAUUAAAGUGCAUUCACUUUAUCUAUUAAUGGACUCAAAUCAAUAACUUUUAAGAUUAUUAUGAAUGAAUAUCAGAAAUACACUUUUCAAAAUUGCUUUAAAA